UCUGCGGAAAUAAGGAAGCAGUUUACUCUCCCAUCAAACUUUGAGCAGUGCCAUCGGCAGAGCAGAAGCGCCUCCGACGUUCCCUCUCUCCAGCUCCCCCAGUGUUACGACCCCGUGGAGCCUGUGGACUUGGAAGAGCUUCUGAUGUCCCACCUGAACAGCCUGGACACGGAGCUGAUCCAGGAGCUGGGGGGCUUCACCGAGGAUGACCUAGAUGUGAGGUUUACCCCGAAGGAAUGCCGGACCCUGCAGCCGUCUCUGCCAGAGGAAGGGGUUGAACUGGAUCCUCACGUCCGAGACUGUGUUCAGACUUAUAUUCGGGAAUGGCUCAUCGUGAACCGGAAAACCCAGGGCAGUUCAGAGACGUUCGGUUUUCAGAAGAUUGGAUCCCGCAAAGAUUUCCACAAGACGCUACAGAAACAGAUGUUUGAGUCGGAGGCUUUGGAGUGCCCAGAACACAGCCCUCAGACAGGCCCUUGCAGUUUGCGCGUCCUCUGUGAUGUGUCGGGGAAAGGUCCUCUCACCGCCUGCGACUUUAACCUGCGCAGUCUGCAGCCUGACCCUCGGCUUGACAGCCUCCUGCUGCAGGUCAGCGCCGAGGACUUCGAGCGACAGAACGAGGAGGCCCGGCGGAGCAACCGGCAGGCUGAGCUCUUCGCCCUGUGUCCAUCGGUGGAUGAGGAGGAUGCUGUGGAAAUCCGUCCGGUACCAGAAUGCCCCAAGGAACAUCUGGGCAACAGAAUCCUGGUCAAACUGCUGACCCUGAAGUUUGAGAUUGAGAUUGAACCUCUGUUUGUCAGCAUUGCCCUGUAUGACGUCAAGGAGAGGAAAAAGAUCUCAGAGAAUUUCCACUGUGACCUGAACUCGGACCAGUUCAAAGGUUUCCUGCGCGCUCACACUCCGUCCGUGGCUGCGUCCAGCCAGGCACGAUCUGCAGUGUUCUCAGUCACCUACCCAUCCUCGGACAUCUACCUGGUGGUUAAGAUUGAGAAGGUCCUGCAGCAGGGGGAGAUUGGAGACUGUGCCGAACCUUACGUGGCCAUCAAAGAGAGCGACGGCGGGAAGAGUAAAGAUAAGACUGAAAAACUCAAGCUUCAAGCGGAGUCCUUCUGCCAGCGUUUGGGGAAAUACCGGAUGCCCUUUGCCUGGGCUCCCCUAAGUUUAAACAGCUUCUUCAACAUUUCCACUCUUGACAGGGAGGUGACUGACGCGGAGGCCAUGGUCGGGAGAAACUCCAUGGGCGAGCGGAGGACUCUGUCCCAGCCCAGAGGUCUCUCGGAGCGAGCCCUGUCUUUGGAGGAAAAUGGGCUGGGAUCCAACUUCAAAGCCACCAGCAGGACCAUCAGCAGUUUUUUCAAGCAGGAGGGAGAUCGCCUGAGUGACGAGGACUUGUUCAAGUUCCUAGCAGACUACAAACGGUCUUCGUCCCUGCAGAGAAGGGUCAAAUCGAUUCCAGGUUUCCUUAAACUGGAGAUCUCCCCAGCUCCGGACACACUCAGCUGCUGCCUCACCCCCGAAUUGUUACCAGUGAUACCAUUCCCGGAAAACCGGACACGUCCACACAAAGAGAUUUUGGAAUUCCCCAUCCGGGAGGUAUAUGUCCCUCAUACUGUGUACAGAAACCUUCUCUAUGUCUAUCCUCAGAGGCUGAACUUUGCUAACAAGUUAGCAUCUGCUCGGAACAUCACAGUUAAGAUCCAGUUCAUGAGUGGGGAGGACGCAAGCAACGCUCUGCCGGUCAUCUUCGGAAAGUCCAACGGGCCUGAAUUUCUGCCAGAAGUGUACACCGCCAUCACGUACCAUAAUAAGUCGCCCGACUUUUACGAAGAGGUGAAAAUCAAGCUCCCCGCCAAGCUCACCGUGAGUCACCACCUCCUGUUCACUUUCUACCACAUCAGCUGCCAACAGAAGCAAGGCGCCUCGGUGGAAACCCUCCUGGGCUAUUCAUGGCUGCCGAUUCUGUUAAAUGAACGCCUUCAGACGGGCUCCUACUGUCUGCCUAUUGCCCUGGAGAAGCUACCACCCAACUAUUCCAUGCAUUCUGCGGAGAAAGUCCCUCUGCAGAAUCCUCCCAUUAAGUGGGCUGAAGGACACAAGGGGGUGUUUAAUAUCGAAGUGCAAGCUGUGUCUUCUGUUCACACCCAGGACAGUCACCUGGAGAAGUUCUUUACCCUGUGCCACGCUCUGGAGAGCCAGGUGACCUUCCCACUGCGUGUGCUGGACCAGAAGGUCAGCGAGGCUGCCCUGGAGCAUGAACUGAAGCUCAGCAUCAUCUGCCUCAACUCCUCCCGCCUCGAGCCUCUGGUUCUCUUCCUGCAUCUGGUGCUGGACAAGCUCUUCCAGCUGUCUGUGCAGUCCCUGGUCAUCGCUGGCCAGACAGCCAACUUCUCACAGUUUGCCUUCGAGUCUGUGGUGGCCAUAGCCAACAGUCUGCAUAACAGUAAGGACCUGAGGAAGGACCAGCAUGGACGGAACUGCCUACUGGCCUCCUACGUCCACUACGUCUUUCGCCUGCCGGAGCCGCACAGAGACUUGCUCAAGUCAGGCAGCUCCACUUCUGUCCCAGACCCGCGUUACCACACAUACGGACGGACCUCUGCCGCCACCGUGAGUUCGAAGCUGCUGCAAGCCCGGGUGAUGAGCAGCAGCAACCCAGACCUUGCGGGGACACAUUCUACAGACAAUGACCAGGUCACAGCCAUCAUGUCUGCAAAGGUUGCUGAUCGCACCUGCAACCGGAUGUCAUAUUACAGCACUGGCAAUAAUGAUGCCCCUAACUCCAGCUCGGCCCCGAGGCCUGCCAGCAAAAAGCAUUUCCAUGAGGAGCUUGCCCUGCAGAUGGUGGUCAGUACUGGCAUGGUGAGGGAAACCGUCUUCAAGUACGCCUGGUUCUUCUUCGAGCUUCUGGUGAAAAGUAUGGCCCAGUACGUGCACAACACAGAGAAACAGGACCACUUCCGGAAGACGCGCUUUUCUGACCGUUUCAAAGACGACAUCAUGACGAUUGUGAACGUGGUCACGUCGGAGAUCGCAGCUCUUUUAGUCAAACCUCAGAAGGAAAACGAGCAGGCGGAAAAGGUCAACAUCAGCCUGGCUUUCUUCUUGUACGACCUGCUCUCACUCAUGGACCGCAGCUUCGUGUUUGACCUCAUCCGGCGCUACUGCAAUCAGCUGGCGGCCAAGCUCAAUAGCCUUCCCACGCUCAUUUCCAUGAGACUGGAAUUCCUCCGGGUUCUCUGCAGUCACGAGCACUACCUCAACCUGAACCUCUUCUUCAUGAACGCCGACCCGGCGCCAUCCUCACCCUGCCCUUCCAUAUCUUCCCAGAACUCAAGUUCCGGUUGCAGUCUUCAGGACCAGAAGAUCGCCAGCAUGUUCGACCUGACCCCCGAGUACCGCCAAGAGCACUUUCUGACAGGUCUGCUCUUUACGGAACUGGCCGCGGCCCUGGACGCUGAAGGAGAAGGGGUCCUCAAAGUGCAAAGGAAGGCGGUCAGUGCAAUCUACAGCCUGCUGAGUAGCCAUGACCUGGACCCCCGAUGUGCCAAACCAGAAGUGAAGGUCAAAGUCACUGCCCUCUACCUGCCCUUGGUUGGCAUCAUUUUAGAUGCUUUGCCCCAGUUGUACGACUUCACAGCGGCAGAUGCCCGGGGUGGCAAAAAUCGCUCCAGCAUCUCGGAUGAAGAGCAAGAAGGAGGAAGUACCAUUCACCAGAAUGUGGCCCUGGCUAUUGCUGGCAAUCACUUUAAUCUGAAGACCAGUGGGACAAUCCUUACUUCUUUGCCCUACAAACAGUGUAACUUGCUGAGUGCCGACACGACCCGAAACCUCAUGAUUUGCUUCCUGUGGAUCAUGAAAAACGCAGAGCAGCACCUUAUCCAGAAGUGGAUUGCCGACUUGCCUUCUAUGCAGCUGAACAGGAUUCUAGACCUGCUUUUCAUCUGUGUCUCAUGCUUUGAAUACAAGGGGAAGCAGAGCUCAGACAGGGUCAGCACGCAGGUCCUGCAGAAGUCCAGGGAUGUCAAGGCCCGCCUGGAGGAGGCAUUGCUGCGUGGGGAAGGGGCCCGAGGAGAGAUGAUGCGGAGAUGCCGGGCUCCAGGGAAUGACCGAUUCCCUGGCCUCAGUGAGAACUUGAGAUGGAAGAAAGGACAGACUCACUGGCGACAAGCUAACGAGAAGCUAGACAAAACAAAGGCAGAGCUGGACCAGGAGGCCUUGGUCAGCGGUAACUUGGCUACAGAAGCGAAUCUAAUUAUCCUGGACAUACAAGAGAACAUUAUCCAGGCCAGCUCAGCACUGGAUUGGAAAGACAGCCUGCUGGGAGGUGUUCUCAGGGUCCUGGUGAAUUCGCUGAGCUGCGAUCAGAGCACCACCUACCUGACCCACUGCUUCGCCACGCUCCGUGCUCUCAUUGCCAAGUUCGGGGACUUGCUGUUUGAGGAGGAGGUGGAACAGUGCGCGGACCUGUGUCAGCGAAUGCUGCAACAUUGCGGCAGCAGCAUGGAUGUCACCCGGAGCCAAGCCUGUGCCACCCUCUACAUGCUCAUGAGGUUCAGCUUUGGAGCCAUCAGUAACUUUGCAAGAGUGAAGAUGCAAGUGACCAUGUCGCUGGCCUCGUUGGUGGGCAAAGCACAAGACUUUAACGAGGAGCAUCUGAGAAGAUCACUGAGGACGAUUUUGGCCUACGCAGAGGAGGAUGCAGCUAUGCAGGCCACGCUGUUCCCCGUCCAGGUGGAGGAACUUCUGUGUAAUCUGAACAGCAUUCUGUACGACACCGUGAAGAUGAGGGAGUUUCAGGAAGACCCAGAGAUGCUCAUGGAUCUCAUGUACAGAAUCGCCAAGAGUUACCAGACGUCUCCGGAUCUGCGGUUGACCUGGCUCCAGAACAUGGCCGAGAAGCACACCAAGAGGAAACACUACACAGAGGCCGCCAUGUGCUUGGUGCACGCUGCUGCCUUGGUGGCCGAGUACCUGAGCAUGCUGGAGGAUCACACCUACCUGCCUGUGGGCAGCGUCAGCUUCCAGAACAUCUCCUCCAAUGUACUGGAGGAAUCCGCGGUGUCCGACGACACACUGUCACCGGACGAGGAUGGCGUGUGCUCAGGCCGGUACUUCACAGACAGCGGCCUGGUGGGCCUCCUGGAACAAGCAGCUGAGCUCUUCAGCACGGGGGGUUUGUACGAGACGGUUAAUGAAGUGUACAAGCUGGUCAUUCCCAUCCUGGAAGCACGCCGAGACUUCCGGAAGCUGACCUCCACUCACAGCAAGCUGCAGAAGGCCUUCGACAGUAUCAUAAGCAAGGGACAUAAGAGGAUGUUUGGAACAUACUUCCGAGUUGGUUUCUAUGGAUCGAAGUUUGGGGAUCUGGAUGAGCAGGAAUUUGUAUACAAAGAGCCCGCGAUAACGAAGCUUCCGGAGAUCUCUCACCGAUUAGAGGGAUUUUAUGGUCAAUGUUUCGGUGCGGAAUUUGUGGAGGUGAUCAAAGACUCGACCCCUGUAGACAAAACCAAGCUGGAUCCAAACAAGGCCUACAUCCAGAUCACCUUUGUGGAACCCUACUUUGAUGAGUACGAGAUGAAGGACCGGAUGACCUACUUUGAGAAGAACUUCAACCUGCGCAGGUUCAUGUACACAACGCCCUUCACCCUGGAGGGGCGUCCCCGGGGGGAACUUCAGGAACAGCACCAAAGGAACACAGUCCUGACCACCUCGCACGCCUUCCCCUACAUCAAGACCCGCAUCCGCAUCAUCCAGAAGGAGGAGUUUGUGUUGACACCAAUUGAAGUUGCCAUCGAAGACAUGAAGAAGAAGACCUUACAGUUAGCGGUCGCCAUUAAUCAGGAACCCCCUGAUGCCAAGAUGCUUCAGAUGGUGCUCCAAGGCUCUGUGGGAGCGACUGUGAACCAGGGACCGCUGGAGGUGGCCCAAGUGUUCCUGGCCGAAAUUCCUGCGGACCCUAAACUUUAUCGGCACCACAACAAGUUGAGGCUGUGCUUUAAGGAGUUCAUAAUGCGCUGUGGUGAAGCCGUGGAGAAAAACAAGCAUCUCAUUACCGCCGAGCAGCGGGAAUACCAGCAGGAGCUGAAGAAGAACUAUAGCAAGCUGAGAGAGAACCUCCGGCCCAUGAUGGAGCGGAAGAUUCCGGAACUCUACAAGCCGCUCUUCCGAGUGGAGAGCCAGAAGAGAGACUCCUUCCACAGAUCUAGUUUCAGGAAAUGUGACACCCAGUUGUCACAGGGCAGCUAAGAAGAGGCACCUUGGCACGCAGAACUACUGCGGCCCCA